AUGGGCUACACCUAUGAGUUUCACUGGGUCCAUUCCACGGCCGGGCCCAUUGAUGGGGUUUUGUCGGGCGGCUUGGGUGGUGUCUUCAAUCGAUCCAUAAAUCCAACGGCCUUUGUGCGAGGACAGAUCUGUCGCAUCGUGAACUGGCCAGCUCAAGAAUACAAGAUGUUCAACACGACCUGGCGUGAACCAGUCAGAGACUCAGUGGUGUACAUUGGCUCCACCACCGGUACGUCCUACGACAACUACAAAUGUUCUCCAGCCGAAGUGACAUGGCACGUGGAUCGAGAGUGCUGCAUUCUGUCGGCGCAGAACAUGGACCGUAUGUGCGCAGACUUGUUGGAGUAUGGCCGAAACAUGGGGGGUGAUGUGCAACCCGCACCAUCUCGUCUUCUUGUUGCACCCUUUAUCUCGGCGCUUGCAGAGCAGAGCUGUCAAGAGGAGUCCCAGGAGGAAAGCUCCACUCUGAUGCAGCUCAAUCACCGAGAGAUGACGGGUGAUGAGCUCAAUGAGUUGAACGAGGGUCUUCCAUGGUGGGUCAAGAAGAAGAUCAUUGACUCACGUCGACAGAGUCACCCACCAGCUCCUCCUCCCCCCCCGGCACCUCCACGCUAUCCUUGCUCCACCUCAGAGCCGCAGUCGCCACGCAACGUGAGUAAAGAUUUCGUGGGAUUGUUGCCUCCGAAAGUGCAGCCCGUCGGUUUGUACGAUGAGUUCCCCAAUCUGAUCCACGUGAACACGCACUUUCACUUGGGUGGUGAACACCAAAACGUGGAUGAGGGGGGCUAUUCCCUCAACUAUACCGAUGCCGGGCUUGCAGGGAAUAUCGUUCCGAAUGACAUCCGCCCAGGAUAUUUUUGCGCUCCAGUGAGCCAGGAACCAGAAAUGGGUGACAACUGGACCUUGGCUGAUUACAACUGGACAUCUUGCAAAAAUGUGAAGAUGGGCUACACCUAUGAGUUUCACUGGGUCCAUUCCACGGCCGGGCCCAUUGAUGGGGUUUUGUCGGGCGGCUUGGGUGGUGUCUUCAAUCGAUCCAUAAAUCCAACGGCCUUUGUGCGAGGACAGAUCUGUCGCAUCGUGAACUGGCCAGAACAAGAAUACAAGAUGUUCAACACGACCUGGCGUGAACCAGUCAGAGACUCAGUGGUGUACAUUGGCUCCACCACCGGUACGUCCUACGACAACUACAAAUGUUCUCCAGCCGAAGUGACAUGGCACGUGGAUCGAGAGUGCUGCAUUCUGUCGGCGCAGAACAUGGACCGUAUGUGCGCAGACUUGUUGGAGUAUGGCCGGAACAUGGAGGGUGAUGUGCAACCCGCACCAUCUCGUCUUCUUGUUGCACCCUUUAUCUCGGACACCAACGCCUCGUUCAUUGCCAACUACACCUCGACAUGA